CUUCAGCGUGCAGCCACACGCCCCAUGGGGACUCCCAGCCCAUCGGAUUCUGGCAGAGGGACUUGAGUUUGGUUCAUCCCCUCUGCUUGGACGCAUUGCCUGUUUCCUUUGCACACUAGGAAGCAGAAGUCAGCACGUCCCUCCAGCGAGGGUGGGGUGACCAGAUCACACGGCCCACUGGAGUUUCGUCCAUCCCAAAACCAAGGAUGGAGGCCUGGGGGGGCCUCUUCUGCUUCACGUUCCUGUGUUUUCUGAUGCACAUCCGAGAUAUCAGAGUCCGGGUCCUGGAGAGCAAAUCGACGGGCAGCGAGCAGUCCGAGAGCCUGCUGGCCAGAGAGACAAAUCGGGAAGCAGGUCGUGGGCACCUGAUAUCAGCGUCUUUGCCUUAGGAAACCCUGACAUGUGCAGACUUAGGAUUUCACGUGGCAACACUCGACCACGUGGGUGGACUUUGAAACCAGGGUGCUCGCCGAGAUCUUAGGAGCGCCUGCCUUCUGUUUAAGAUGGGGAUGCCGUACACAAGAAUGAAAUCAUGCCAUUUGCAGCAACAUGGAUGGACCUAGAGAUGAUCAUACUGAGUGAAGUCAAGGUGACUUUGAUUUAGCUGAUGCGCUGGAUGACCCUGAGCCCACCAAAAAGCCAAGCUCAGGUAUCUACCCAAAGCCGAGGCCCCCCUACCAACCACAGCCUGGAAAUCCUGACAACAGUGGAAAUAUCUACCCACGGCCGAAGCCGCCCCCUCCGCGCCCGCAGCCGCACCCACAGCCUGGGAGCUACGACAACAGUGGAGGAGGCGGCGGCGGCGGCGGCGGCGGCGGCUCCCACCCCAGUUAUGAUGGCUACGGAAACACGCACGGAGGAGGCCGCCACAGACCCGGCUCCCACGGGAGUAGUUACGGUAAAGGAGCUCUUCCUUAGAUGCUGCAUGAGGAGAUGCUCUCUUGCUAAAGAACUAACCCGCGCGCCGGCGCCUCCGGCAGCACGUCCUGUGCCUCCCGCGUGGACGCUCCCUCACCGCCCGGGUCUCUAACCCGCGUCCCCACCGGCCACGGAAGCCGGCCAGGGGGUGUGCGUGGGAUGCCAACGGACAUCCCUUCCAGAACUGGAGGCCUACUUACAUGUGUCCCUGCGUGUGCACGCGUGCCUCCCCAUGCGUGUACGCCUGCUCUGCUUCUGGCCGCGUGCCCCGCAUCUCCGUGGUGCCAGCAGCUCUUGCGAAUAAACACAUGACCGUGUGCUUGUCCCCUUGCAGGUGGAGAUGGCUAUCCCUCACACAGCAACCCCGAAGGCAACAGGAUAGCAAAAAUCGUGUCUCCCAUCGUGUCCGUGGUGGUGGUGGCCCUGGUGGGGGCAGCCGCCAGGUACUUCCAGUACAACAGGAGGAGGAAUUGUUUCAAGAC